AUGGCACCAUCUCUGUUGUCAAAGGAUGCUGCGGAUACAAAUGUACAGAAGGCUCAACCGACAGAGAUCAAAGGCCAGUCCGGCCGUCAAUACAAAAUCGAACGCGUCCUUCAAAACAAAGGUAGUUUGCUGGGUCGCGUCUUUCUUGCUACGCAAGCCGUUCUGAGCAGAGCCAACGGGAAUGAAAAGUUUGUCUUGAAAGAGAUUCCUCGAAACAACUACGAAUUCCGUUUGGAAAUAUACCGACGGUUGGGUAGCUGCCCCUACGUGCGUGGAUUAGACGACACCGCUCCGGACGAGUCCAUAUUUAUUUUCAGUCAUCUCAAAAAAAAUCUUCCAGAAUUGGCACAGAAGAACUUGCCAAUCUCCACCACGAAAAGGAUUCUCAAGGACGCGCUACGAGGGCUUGCUGCAAUGCACGAUAAGGAUAUUGUCCACAACGAUAUUAAAUCCAACAAUAUCCUGAUUGAUGCCACCGAGGGGUCUCACGGAAUCGUUGUAGAGCGGACGCAGCUCACUGACCUCGAAGACAGUGCACACUGCCCUCCUCCAGGGAACCUUCUUGGCGCGCAGUUGGGGAAUUGGAUGUGGCGCAGCCCUGAGGCACACGCAGAAGGCCCUAUGAACAAGCCCUCCGAUAUUUUCGCAUUCGCUAUUGUUCGCAUUUACGCCUUGACUAAACGAGUAAUUUUUGGCGUCUUGAAAGAGGAACUUGACAAAGAUAAAGAGCUCUUAGCCAUCGUUCUUGAACGCCAGCUGUCUUAUUUCGGGGAUCUUGAAGCAUUCAACGGCUUUCUCCAGUGUCUCCAUUAUGGGAACCCAGAAAACCCUUGGAUCGAGAUCUUCCAGGUAGUGCGAUCUAGCUUCAACGCUGAAAACCCACGGGAACCAUUCUCCCUACGGCAGGAUGAAAUCGUCGACGAGGAUUUUCGGGACCUCACUGUCAAAAUGACAAACUUCAAUCCGGAAAAAAGGAUCACAGCAAGGGAGGCACUAGAGCAUAGGUGGUUCAUGAAUGUCUAA